AAGGCUCGACCUACCCACUUCCUCAUAGGCCAUAACAAUAGCCCACUCCCCCCACUCACUGAAAAUCCCGUUACAUUCAUUUUUGCAUCUCUUCGACACAGGAACAGCAGUUGACUUGUCUCUCUUCAUCUCUUUCAACAGUACCAGCAGGGGUGUUCUGAGGUGAGAUCACACAAAACAAUGGUGAAGGCUGUUGUAGUUCUGGGCAGCAGUGAGGGUGUUAAGGGCACCAUCUACUUUACGCAAGAGGGAGAUGGUCCAACUACAGUAACAGGAGAGGUCUCUGGCCUUAAACCUGGACUUCAUGGCUUCCAUGUCCAUGCCCUUGGUGACACAACUAAUGGUUGCUUGUCAACAGGACCACAUUUUAAUCCUGGUGGCAAAGAGCAUGGUGCUCCUGAAGAUGAGAAUCGCCAUGCUGGUGAUCUUGGGAAUAUCACAGUUGGGGAAGAUGGUACUGCUUCUUUCAACAUUGCUGACAAGCAGAUUCCCCUUUCUGGACCACUUUCCGUCAUUGGAAGAGCUGUAGUUGUCCAUGGUGAUCCUGAUGAUCUCGGAAAGGGAGGGCAUGAACUCAGCAAGACCACUGGAAAUGCUGGGGGAAGAGUUGCUUGUGGUAUCAUCGGUCUGCAGGGCUGAAUGGACCUCCCUUGGUUUUCUGCUGCACUUCCUGCAUGAAACAGUCUUUUGUUAUAAAAGUCCGGCUACUAGCAGAAAUUAUAUGGAAAUAAACAGCUGGUUGAAACGAUGACUUCCGUGUUCUAAUAUGAUGUACUUACCUUACUAUUUGAGGUACUUAAUCUAAUGGUCUUGCUAAGAGUUUUGGGUUUUCCAUUCCUCCAUGGAGUCUGAAUGAAUAUUCUGCUAUUUGGCUUGGGUAUUCCUUUACA